AUGAAAGCAUCAAAGGUGAUUGACACCCUCAUUGCCACUACCGCUAAUCUAGACAUGGAUGAAUCUGGCUCUCCUAUAAAUCAAACAAUGUAUCGAGGCAUUAUUGGAUCACUCCUCUACCUCACUGCCAGCAGGCCAGAUAUUGUAUUCAAUGUGGGUUUAUAUGCAAGGUUUCAAUCAAAUCCCAAGGAAUCUCAUCUAAAAGCUGCUAAAAGGAUUCUGAGAUAUCUUAAGGGAACACAGGAACUGGUUCUGUAUUACCCUUCAGGUGACAACUUUAAUAUUGUUGGUUAUGUUGACGCUGACUAUGCAGGUUACCUUGUGGACAGGAAGAGCACAUCUGGAAUGGCUCAUUUCCUAGGAUCCUAUCUGAUUUCAUGGGGUACAAGGAAGCAAAAUUCAGUAGCUCUCUCAAUAGCAGAAGCAGAAUAUGUUGCUGCAGCGUCCUGCUAUGCUCAGCUCUUGUGA